AUGGUACCGGCCACACAGAGGGUGAAGGCUGUGAACAUGUCUUUUCUUCAUCAAAUGAGCUUGCUCGUAGCACUUGCCAUGCUAGCCAUCGAGCAGCACUUCUCCUUUUGGGACGAGGACAAGUAUUCAGCCCUUAAGGCUCUAACGGCUGUUCAAACUCUUACUGCUGAACUUACCGCCCUCAAAGGCGUGCUUAACCUUUCAGAUACAGAUUUCCUUCAUUUUCAUGAGCAGGAGCCCUCAUACCUGGAUGGGCUGAAAGAGCUGCCACUCAAGGAUCAAGUCAGCAUUUGGUAUAUUCAAGCUCUCGAUGAGGUUGCUGAGCGACAAGUAGAAUGGAACUUAGCGCGCAAGGCAGCUAAUUGGUCGCUGGUCAAUAUUCAUGUCGGUAGCUUUGCGGACAUGCAUGUCGCCCUGAAUCAAGCUCGGGUGCGUGUUUACAGAUCAUAUUCCAGGCUCCAAAAUGCGGAAGCAAUGGCUUCGCAUUGGGAAGUUCAACUGGGCAUUGACAAACGGUGGGAGAUCGGAAGUGAUCAAUAUAAUCAUUUCUGCCAAGAAACCUCACUUUUGAACUAUCACAUGGCACUUGAUAAUCUAGAAUGGCUUGUCGUUAUGCGUUUGUUUGAGCUCUCAAAGCUCUCACUUUCAGGGACAGGUAAGUUUGUCAUUUAG